ACAGCUCUGUCUCAAAAUCACUAUCUUUCAUCCAUUUGGUAUGUUCGCCUUCAUAUUCUCGCGAUAUUGCUAAAAAUAGCCUUUCCCAGAAUCUUUCUUGCUGCUCCUCUUUCUACUUGAGGUGGAGGGCUGUUAUUGAAUGUCUCUUUUGUUUCUGAUCGCCAGGAAGGAACAUAGAUGCCCAGAUUGGUGCACGCAGAUCCAGAUUCUUUACACGCAUUGAGUUGUUCCCUUUGUGUUUCUUGGGAUUCUUGAGAUGUAGAAGUUGACGACUGGAUUGGGGUUUCAGUCAAUUUGAUCAAUCUUUUUGUAGAAGUUCUUUUUAUAGUAAAGGGGUUCUGUAAAGUUCGAAUCUUUGUUGGAGGAACGCAUGGGUUGCUUCCCUUGUUUUGAUUCAAAGGAGGCUGAGACGCUGAACAAAGGGAGCGAUGAUCACAUUGAAGUUCAUCCCACUGUUCCUUCCAACAUGUCCAGAUUGUCUUCAGGAGCAGACCGAUUAAAAUCACGAAGUAGUGCUAGCCUGAAGAGAGAACCUUCAGUUUUAAAGGAUUUACCCGGUGGUCAGAUCGCGGCUCAUACAUUCACUUUUCGCGAGCUUGCAGCCGCUACAAGUAACUUCAGGCCCGAAUCUUUCAUAGGUGAAGGUGGAUUUGGACGUGUAUAUAAAGGGAAACUCGCCAAUGGACAGGCUGUGGCUGUUAAGCAAUUGGAUAGGAAUGGGCUUCAAGGGAAUAGAGAGUUUCUUGUGGAAGUACUUAUGCUCAGCCUUCUCCAUCAUCCUAAUUUAGUUAACUUGAUUGGAUACUGUGCAGAUGGUGACCAGAGGCUUCUUGUCUAUGAAUUUAUGCCCUUGGGAUCAUUGGAAGAUCACCUUCAUGAUUUACCACCCGAUAAAGAGCCAUUGGAUUGGAACAAAAGGAUGAAAAUAGCAGCGGGCGCAGCCAAAGGUUUGGAGCAUCUUCAUGAUAAAGCUAAUCCUCCGGCACGACCACUCUUCAAUGAUCGCCGGAAGUUUGCGAAAUUAGCUGAUCCAAAGCUGCAAGGUCAAUUUCCAAUGAGAGGCCUUUACCAGGCUCUAGCUGUGGCAUCCAUGUGUAUCCAAGAGCAGGCUGCAGCUCGUCCUCUGAUUGGAGAUGUUGUCACUGCCCUUUCCUACUUGGCCAAUCAGGCAUAUGACCCCUGCACCGCCAACAAAUCCUCUGGGGAUGAUAAGAGGGCUUUGAGACUAUCGAAGAACGAGGACGGGUCUGGGUGUGGGUCCGGUAGGAAAUGGGACUUGGACGGGUCCGAGAAGGAAGAUUCCCCUAGGGAAACUGUCAGGAAGCUGAACAGGGAUAUAGAGAGGGAGCGCGCCGUGGCAGAGGCCAAAAUGUGGGGGGAGAAAUUUCGGGAAAAGCGACAGCAAGGCAGCGAUGGGAGUUGUGACGGAAGCAAUGGAUGAGGGGAGGGGGUCCACUUGUUGUGUGUGUACAGUUCAUUUCCCUUCUCUUCUCUUGUUAGGGGAAGGCCAACUUUGUAUCUUUGUAUUAUUGUUGACUCCAUUUUUACCUUUGGGUUUCUUGGAAAACCACAAGAACUCUUCUAGUGCAAUGGGUGUGUGUACAUUUACAGUGGAAAAUAGCAGAUGAGUUGAAU